AUGGUCAAUAACUUACAAGAUAAAUUAAGAGCUCAAACACAGCUGGUGAAUAUACAGCUUCAACAAGCCCUGGACAAUGCAACACAUCAUAUUGCGAAUCUCCAAACAGAACACAUUCAACAACAGGAACAGAACCUCGAGCAACAGCAACAGCAACAGCAACAGAUCCUCGAGCAACAGCAACAGAUCCUCGAGCAACAGCAACAGAUCCUCGAGCAACAGCAACAGAUCAGAGAGUUACAAGAGCAGAUGGAUGAGUUACGAAGACGACUUCCUCCUGAUGAUGAGAACCAUUGA